CGCGCUCCCGCGGGGCGGGCUUCUCGGGGGCGGCGCCGCAGGGACGCAGUGCUAGACGGAGCCUGCUUUGCCGCAGCUUUUCUCCUGGACGCCUGGGCUGAGGACACGAUGUCGGGCUCCUCCCGCCGACUGCUCUGGGCCGCCACCUGCCUCGCCGUGCUCUGCGUCUCGGCCGCGCAGCACAACAUCACCACCCUGGCUCCCAACGUGACCGAGGCGCCGACCACGACCAGCAAAGUGGUCCCGACGACGCUCAUGCCCACCGUGCUGCCAGAAACCUGUGCGAGCUUCAACAGCUGUGUUUCCUGUGUUAAUGCCACCGUUACUAAUAAUAUUACCUGCUUUUGGUUACAUUGCCAAGAAGCAAAUAAGACCUAUUGUGCAAAUGAACCGUUAAGUAAUUGUUCCCAGGUGAACCGCACUGACUCCUGUUCUGGAGGUCCUCCUCCCACUCCAGUGCCAACCAAUUCUACAGCUAAGCCCACAACUCGGCCUUCCUCUCCUACACCUACUCCCUCAGUUGUCACAUCAGCAGGCACAGCAAAUACCACUCUGACUCCAACCUCCCAGCCCGAGCGAAAGUCUACCUUUGAUGCAGCCAGCUUCAUUGGAGGAAUCGUCCUUGUCUUGGGUGUGCAGGCUGUAAUUUUCUUUCUCUAUAAAUUCUGCAAAUCUAAAGAACGAAAUUACCAUACUCUGUAAACAGACCCAUUAAAUUAAUGUGGACUGGCAGUUAACUUGUGUAACUCACUGAAACCAAAAUAUUGAAGAAGUCCCACAUGGAAGACGCUGUUCCAGGAUCUUUACCUUUCCAAAGGAUGCAUACAGGAUAUUUUGGAGCAUCAUCCUCGAAGAAAAGUCAGUUAAACCAUUUUGUUCAUCAGGAAUAUUUAAAAUAUUCUGCAUGAAUCCGUGUGGCUGUCGUCUUUGUUUACCAUGGCUGCUGCUGUGGGGCUGUUCUUUCCUCUGACAUGCCAAAUGUAACUUCUGUAAGUGAUGGAAAGUGCUGUGCUGUGCAGGCAGCUUCUGACUGCAGUUGAAAUGUGGUCCCCUAGAAUCCUAAAGGCUGUUAUUCUCAUCCUAAUUCCAGGUGUAACUUGGUGGCCAGAAUUGAGAAGAGUGCCAAAUGACCACCCGUCAGGCAGGUUGAGGGCCAUCACUUCAAACAUAGAUUAAAUUUGUUUAGCACUAAACUAUCCCUAGAGUAAAGUUUUAUGCUUGACAGGUUGUAUUUUAUAUAUUAGAAAUAAGAUGCCACACAGGGCAUUCCAGAUUUAGAUUAAAGAAAGGAUACACAGACAUUAAUCUGCAACAGGUCUUGUUCAUACUCAUAAAGUGUACCGUAUUAAGAAAUCAGAACAGUGCCUUAAGACAGACUGAGACGUCGUGAAAAAUGUGUUCACACUGUGGGAGGCAAAGCUUGGUCUGAGAAUGUAACUGUUGGUGUGAGCAGCAGAAACCUGCUUAUAGAUAACAUACUGUUAAUAUUUCAUUAAAAGCAUUGUUUUUUCUAGAGCUGAGAAAUAGAAGCUAAAGAAUAAUUAGAGCUGAAAGGCUUCCUUAUAUCAAACCAUCUAACAUUUUUCUUAGGGCUGUUAACUAGACAUAAAAUUGAUUUAUCUUUCUCUCUGUACACAAAGUAUCCAAAUAUUAUACCUUAAGGAUUCCUACCAGGUUUUCUUGAAAAGUGGCUUUUACAUGAGGCAAGAAGGAAGUAGUUGUAGAUAGAAUCAUUUUCUAGUUCUUUAAAUGAGACAAUCACUUUGUUUUCUAAUAGAUGUGACCUGUGUAACUUAAAAAAUCUGAGGGUUUGAAAGAGGUUGCUCUAGAUUUCCAAUGAUGAUACCCUGGCUGAAUAGGCUUUUCUCUUUCUUGGGCCUUUACUUCUUUUCUUCCUCCUUGGUUUCAGCUCCCGUGUGCUAUCAUAAUCAUGCAGACUUUUACUUCAGUUGCUUCUGAAAAGCACUAAGUUUUCAGUUUUGGAGUUACUUCUCCCUUGCCUCUGACGCACUGCACUCGUCUAGAGGCUGUAAUUGGAAAUAGGCUUUUGGUUUCCUGUGUCAUUCAAGUUUUGGGGCUUUCAUUUGGUUACAGAGUUCAGCGCUUGAUUCCCAGGGUUUAUAUACGAAGCAGCAGCUUGAUGUGGGUUGGUUCAUAAAGUGAAACUAAUGAAGUUUCUCUCUGUCAUUUGCUGGUACAGCUAGUUUGUUUCACUUGCACAUUUGUACAUAUAUCUAAUGUUUUCAAGUGCCUUACUUGUUUAAACUCUGACUUCAAAGGUUUUUGGGGAAAGAUAGGUUUACCUCACAGUUAUGUUUCCAUUGUAAUUUCUAGGUUCCUCACAAAAAUCUAUUUCAGUGCUGUAGCUGUUAGUUUUAAAUGAGUGCUAAAGUUCUUUUAAAAGUACACAGAAUUUCCAUUCCUUACAAAGGUGGCAAAAUUGGUUUGUCAUUUACCUCCAUGUGACUCCUUGCCCCAUAUAAAUGUCAGCAUAUGUAGCAAGUUUUCUAAGAAUGUAACUUAAUUUGAAGCUCCUGAAAUUUUGAGCACUGCUCUAACAUUGUGUAGGAAGUUAGUGACACUUUGCAAGUCUCUACAAAAGCUCUUGCCACAGAAUUCACAGCUGCCCUGACUCUUCACCAUCUUUCUUUAGCAAGGUAUUUUGAGCCAUUAAUGAUUUUGGGUUUUUUAAUCCAGAAGGUAUAUAAAAGCCUUUUCAGAGUUUUCAUCUGAUUUGUCCCGAGGAUCUAGUUCUAUCAAAUACCUUAUUUUACCUUUGCCAUACUUGCUGCACAAGCAGACACUGCUGGACUUAGAAGUUUCUAUUUGAGUUCCUUAAACUACAAAACUAAUAUGUAUGUGUACCAAACUGAUUUAAAAUAAAUGUUUAUUAGUCUCUUGAUCAAAAGUGUCAUAUUUUGAUUAUGAAACUAACAUUGUGUUUGCCUUACCUGUCCAUUUGAGGCUGGGUUGUCCAUUGUUUCUUUUAUUCCUGUAGACUGGGAUAUAGAUGGGAACUAAUGGCUGUGAAUUAGUGGAGAACAGAACCAUGGGAACGAUGAUGGUUGGGCUGAUGGAAGGGGCACGCGUCUAGCUCAUAUUAACCAAGAGAGAGAGUGAGUGAGAGUGUGUCACAAGACUACUUUUGUGGAGCCUGUGGUUCUUUCAACUUUGUGGGUCCCAAGGAUUGAACACAGGUUGUUGGACAAGUACCCUUUUCCACUGAGCCAUCUUGCCAGCUACAUCCUACCCUUUAGUUCAGAGUCCAUAUGGAGUAAAACUUUGCUUCCGAUUAGCGUGUCAUGUGCUGCUGGGAAGUCUGCUUCUGCUGGACAAUGUGCAGGAACAUCAUCUAUACUUGAUAACUUGUUCACUGCUCCUCUGCAAGUCUGGAUGAAAGGUUAGACUCACUGCUGUGCCUUAGAAUUGAGGCCUCUUGUUCCCUGUUAGCCUUAUCAUUUGGCAAUUACAUAAAACUAUAGCAGGCUUCCUAAAACAUUGACAAGGUUAUUGAGUAAAUAGUAGAGGGUGAGAUAGGUUUUGUGUGUUCUCCCCAUUCUGUGUACUUGCUGUAGAUAGCCCUUGGGUACUUGUUUUUCAAAGGGUAUGUAUUGGCACUUUCUAAUUCACUAGUGUUUGGUUUUUUGUUAGUGUGUCUGUUGGUAAAUCCAGCUCUUGUAUAUCUUGCCUCCUGACUUCAAUUGUAUUUUGUUUUCAGUGCAAAAACCAUUGUAUUCAUGAUACAUCACUGGGAGUAAAUCACUUUUUUUUAAAA